CUCGAUGAAUCUGCGACAAAUCAAUAUGACGAAGAUACUUGGCUUGAGGGAGUACGAGACGAACCUGCAUGGGUCAUGGAUGGAUUAUUCCUCGGUGGUUUUCGUCAUGGGAUAGCAUGUAUGAGGGAAAUUCUCAUCAGUGUUACAACAAAACUCAUCUCAAACUACCGCAGAAUCGAUCCCGCCAAUCCUCAACUCGGCUCACAAGAAUUGAUCAUUCUCAUGAUGCAGAGUAUCCUGUAUGUUAGACACGGGCAUCCCUACCCGAUGAAAAUCAUAGAUUAUUUGAACGAAAUUCUCAAAUGUCCUGCCCACCUUGCCUCUUUGAUCCAGGCCAAUAUUAUUGAGCAAAUUCAUGAACUGUCGACCCCGGUCAAUUACGCGUUCUCCCGCUCUCGUGAGAAUUGGGCUGACAAACUUCUACAGUGCUUUUUUUACGUAACAAAUUCAGAGCCAGCCCAUGGAAGUUUCGAACAUGCUUUGAUGAAAGGAGACAAAAAUAUGAGAACCCAGGCUGCUUUGGUAAUUCCAUACAUAGUGAAGUAAGUAUUUUUGUGAUUCAUUCCAAAGAAAAAUAAGUGUUUAAUGUCUCGAACUUUUCGAAAACAGAAGAUAUACCUAAAGAUUCAAAAAACAUUUGUGUGAAAGAUAUUUCUUUGCAGUUUGAGCGCAGAGGCUGAGGCAUGUUUUGAUAGUGAUCAACAUUUCAAGUGAUCAUAUGCAAAGGUCUCAAUUUGAAAAAUCUAUAAUCUGUAAAUUGUGGGGGUAACUGUAAGUAUCCAGUUAUAUUUCAGUGCACACAACAAUACAAAUGAUACAUAAGCGUCUCUAGCAACCGAUCAAUAAGGAUGUUUUUGUACUUUCUUGUGUGUUUUUCCACAUAAGCACAGAUUUCUGGUGGAUGAUCAGCAA